AUGGACAAAGAGGAGCACUCAGUAAUCUACAUCAUUGAUGAUAGUGAAGAAGAAGAAGAAGAAGUUGUUGAGGAAGUGAUAGAAAUAAAAGAUGAUGAUGUGGAGUGUUCAGCAGAGUCUACUCUAACAGUUUACAAACAUGAAGUAAAGAAUAAGCUGGAAAAAAUUGGAGCUCACCUUAGCAGUGACGUUGUGGAAAACAAAACAAGAAUGCAGUCCUAUAUUAAAAGUGUAGUCAAAGACUGCAACAGGAAUAUCAGAGAACACUGGAAAGUUCAUCAAGAGGAAAUGCGGGAGUUUAAAAUUGAAUAUACUGAGCAGAUUAUAACUGUGUUUAAGCAAUGGGAUUCUGAUAUAAUGCAAGUUGAAGAUGAAGAAAAUGAAAUAAAUGGUAUUUUUAAUCAUCAACAGAAGACUUUUCAACAAACUAGAAUGCUUCAGGCUGACAGCCUGAAAACACUUAAGCAGGCAGAUGAUGAGUUCUUAAAGACAUGGGAGGAUUUGGAGAAGAAUUAUAGCAAUGUACUUAACAGUAUACACAAUGAGUUUCAAAAGCAGAAGACUCUGCUGCAAAGAAAAAUUACAGAUGGUUAA